UCCAUGGCCGGGGCCUGGGCUGGCUUCUCCGAGCAGGAGCUCCGGCGGCUCCAGGGGCAGCGCCGAGACCCGCCUCUAGCACCGCAGCAUCGGACGGCUCCUGUAAGCAAACACCGCCAACAUCUGCAGCGCAAAAAGCCGGUCCAGCAGAUAUGUGGAGAAGCAGAACUUCCCGAUGGAGCAGCCUUGUUACCCGUGGAGCAGAGGCUUUCUGCGCCCAAACAGAAGAGCUCCUCUCCCCAGACGCCUCUCCCACCGCCCCAGUCUCUGACAGCGGGAGAGCAGCAAGAUGCCAUAAAGCAACAGGUUCAACCCGGAGUCGAUAAAACGUGUAACGGUGACCCCUCUACAGUGCCAAGUCAUAAACUGGAGAAAAAGAAAAUGGAAUUGCCAGAGAAGUCUCGGUGGGAGAUCCUACAACAGGAGCAGAAGCUUAUGGAAGAAAAGAACAAGCGCAAGAAAGCUCUCCUGGCUAAAGCAAUAGCGGAAAGAUCCAAAAGAACUCAGGCUGAAACAGUGAAGUUAAAGCGGAUUCAAACCCAGCUCCAAGCUCUGGAUGAUAUGGUAUCUGCUGAUAUUGGGAUCCUGAGAAACAGGAUUGACCAGGCAAGCUUGGACUAUUCAUGCGCUCGGAAGCGUUACGACAAGGCAGAAGCUGAGUAUGUGUCUGCGAAGCUGGACCUCCAGAAGAAAACGGAAGUCAAAGAGCAGCUCACGGAGCACUUGUGCACCAUCAUCCAGCAAAACGAGCUUCGCAAGGCCAAUAAAUUAGAGGAGUUAAUGCAGCAGCUGGACGUGGAGGCGGACGAUGAGAAUCUGGAACUCGAGAUAGAGGUGGAGCGGAUGCUGCAGCAGCAGGAAGCGGAAGCGGCGAGGCAGAGGGCUGAGUCCCAGAAGCCGGCUCCGGUCGGCGAGGAAAAUGCAGCUUCCCCGGCUGCCGAUAAAGGACCGGAGAGUGAAGGCCGCACAGAUUCAGAAACAUUAGCAGAGCAGCCCACCACUUCCUAUUUGGAUGGUGAAGGCCAAGCGGUAAACUCUGCUUCAGGGGAAACGACGGCUCAGGGUGGUACAUGAACACUAAACCUAAUCAGCUAACCUCUGGCUGGCGCCGUUAAUCAUAUUUACCCGUAGGGUUUAGAGGCUUCUUCUCCAUGGUGCUAAAAGAGCUCUCUGAAAUGUGGCUUUUAUCAGCGGCGCUAUCUCCAUUCGUCUCCUGGAUCGCCAGCAUACUUGUGUGAGCCUUCUCUCAUCUUCUCUGCCCACCUUCCCCGACUUGCUUUCAUUGAGCAAACUGCACGUGGUCCUUGGCAAUUGCCUUGAUAUCGGGGAUGGAGAACGUCAGGCCCUCCAAGCCUUCCUUCCUGGCCUUCAGAACUCCUUCCAGACUGCACUCCUCACUGGCACUCCUUUGUACCCUGAAUGUUUUUGCCUGGCUGGACUGUGUCUUUGAACUCUGACCGUGCCUCUUGUUUGUCUGUGUGGCUGAAUGUGUGCAGAAGCUAGCCUGCCGUAUGGAGGUCAAGCUUACAUUCGCUACACUGCCCUCCACUGGCAGGUUGCCCGCAGAAAAUUAGCCGGAAGGGUCUGUGACCCUUCAGCUGAAAAAAGGAUCCCUGCCCCCGCUUUAUAUUUUAAAAAUGCAAGCCAGUAUGAGAUAGGUGCUAUCUAAAACACACUCCAGUAUAUUGGCAGUCCUGUCCUGAUAGGUGGUUUUUUUCUUCCCAUUACUGUGGUA